CCUGCAGCGCUGCCUGCCGGAGAGCGGGGCGACUUCCAGUCGAGAGAUGGCGGCCGCCGCGGGUAGAUCGCUGGUGCUGCUCCUCCUCUCCCGGACUCCCGGCGGCGGCUGCGGAAGAGGAGGAGGAGCGGCGGCGGCGGCGGCGUUGACAGCCGCUGGCUGUUUCCCAGGGUUGGCAAGGCACCGGCAGCGGCACAGGACGGCACACCAAAGGCUUCCUCCCUGGCAGACCACACGGGUGGUCUACUGCAGUACUGUAGUGCCCUCUGAUGAUGUCACAGUGGUUUACCAAAACGGGUUACCUGUAAUUUCUGUGAAUCUUCCAUCUCGUCGUGAGCGUUGCCAGUUUACACUUAAGCCUAUUUCAGACUCUGUUGGAGUAUUCUUACGGCAAUUACAGGCAGAAGACCGGGGAAUUGACCGGGUUGCAAUUUACUCACCAGAUGGAACACGUGUAGCCUCUUCAACAGGCAUAGAUCUUCUACUCCUUGAUGAUUUCAAACUAGUAAUUAAUGACUUGACUUACCAUGUUCGCCCACCAAAGAGAGAUCUCUUAAGUCACGAAGAUGCAACCACGCUGAAUGAUGUGAAGACAUUGGUUCAGCAACUGUAUACCACAUUGUGUAUUGAAGAACACCAGCUGAAUAAGGAAAAGGAACUAAUUUGGCGGCUAGAAGAACUUAAGCAGCAAUUAGCACCUCUGGAAAAGGUUAGGAUGGAAAUCUGCAGAAAAGCAGAGAAGAGGACCACCUGGGUGCUAUGGGGUGGGUUGGCUUAUAUGGCGACCCAGUUUGGAAUUCUAGCCCGGCUGACUUGGUGGGAAUACUCUUGGGACAUUAUGGAGCCCGUAACCUACUUCAUCACAUAUGGCAGUGCCAUGGCAAUGUAUGCCUACUUUGUGGUAACACGUCAGGAGUAUGUAUACCCAGAUGCUAGAGACAGGCAGUUUUUAUUAUUUUUCCAUAAAGGAGCCAAAAAGACACGUUUUGAUUUAGAAAAAUACAAUCAACUCAAGGAUGCUAUUGCUCAGGCAGAAUUGGAUCUUAAGAGGCUUCGAGACCCCUUGCAGGUACAUUUGCCUGUCCGCCAAAUUGGUGAUAAAGACUGACCAGCAGAGGACCUCUGAACCCUGGCAGAAUUGGCAAACCUGUUAAUAGCUCUCGCCUCUUUAAUUGAAGUACUGUAGGUGGCGGCUGGGAGGUCUUUUGGUUGCGUGGAGGGCUUUUUUUAAAUCAGACAACAACCUUGACUGAGAAGGGUACAGUAUGUUCCAUCAGAAGAUCAGGCAUUAUGGGAUGUUAAGUCUUUUUCAAAGGGCUUGGCAGAUAUUGUCACAUUCAAUGUUUUUAAUUUCUUGGUGAAAAUAUAUAUCAAAAAGUUGGGUAUUUCAUGAAGAGACACUCUAGGAGGGUGCUGUUCUCCAGCUUUGCAGUGUCUGCUUCUAGAUGAAACAACAGCAGCCUGCUCAGCUCAUUAAAAUCGAAAAAGAAAAUCUCCAGUUUCAGAAUACUGGUAGUAAUAAAUAAUUGUGCACUAAAGUGAAGAAAAGUCAAGCCAUUGUAAGCAGCUAUUACUGGUGAUCUGAACUAGAGUUUUACUGCUGUUCACAUGCACUCCAAAUUGGACCUAAUGUGUCUUUUUUCCUCUCUUUUGGUAGAAUUAACAUGACACUACUUUUUACCUUUAAAAAAAUCAUGACCUUCCUCAUCUCUGCCCAUGAAAUAUCAAGCAGAUUUUCUCCCUUACUGGACAAUUAGUGAUACCUUCAAUUUUAUCAAUAUCACAAACCAAAUACUCCUUGUUCUCAAUAUUUGGUUCACUGAUACCUUAAUUUUUUUCCUGAAUCCCAUCUUAACUUCAACAUGUCCAUUACUCUGGAUCGACUUAUGCAUAUAAAUGGUGAUGCUGCAUGAGAGAAUUCUUCAUUUUGAGUUUUGCAGAGGAAAUGCUGCCAUUCCCGUUCUUUCUCACUCACAAUAUGGUAGCCACCUGAAUUAUCAAAUAAAAGUAGUGUAUGUGUAUACAUGUAUACAUAUGCUAUAUAUAUAUACAUAUAUAUAGAUAUAUAUAGUGUGUAUAUAUAUAAUGUAUAGUGUCUCACAAUCAUGGUUCCUUAAAAAGCAGCUUUAGAACACUGAUGAUUAAAUUUGAUACUUACCUAGCAAAAUAAAUGAUAUGUCAAUGAAAUUGCCUGGUUUAGAGGCUUUGUCAAAAGCCUGGAGCAAAGACACAGUUCCACACUGAUUCCCAGCCCUCUGGUCUUUAAGUAGCUUUAGAAGAAUGCUUAUUGCCUGAGGGUUAGGAUUUCUGUGGGGUAGCAGACUGCAAGCCACUCUCUCACUAAAAGAAUUACAGAAAUGGCACUCCUCGUCAUCUUGCACCUCUGACCAAACGGCUGACUUUUUUCCUGAGUGGAUCUUGCAUCCUGCAUGGGAUGGAGCCGGCCUCUUCUUAUCGUCCUGUUUGAUAAAUACAGUGGAGACAGGAUGGAAGUUGGAAUAGGUUUCUACGCCUAAUUUGCAGAAAGGCCAGGUGUUUCCUUGGAGUUCACUCCUUCUCACUGUGUCAAGGCGAGAGGCUCCCACUUUCUGGAGAACCAUGUUUUAAAGUGUACAAAAUAAAUAUAAACCAGACGCCAGGUGCCUUUGCCAAUGUGGAAAUGCAGACAGGAUUGUUGCUGCCUCCUCUCACUCGAUGGCAUGUUGGACCGAAUGGAUGCAUGUUUCCCGUUGUUUUCCUCUUCCCACUUUUCCUCCUCUGUCUUUCAUUUUUCACUUCUGUUUUCAAUUCUCUUUUCCUUUUUUGAUUUCUUAUCUGUUUUAUCCUCUUUGUAUGCAGCAUUUGAAAAAAAGAAACAAAAUGAGCAAUCCUGUAGCGGAAUCCUUUGUGUGUGUUUGGGGUGAGGGAGGGGGCAUGGAGAAAAGUCCUUAAAAUAAAGUUAAAUACUGAACAUGUGUAAAA